AUGAAACAACUUGAAUAUAAGGCAUAUGAAGUUUAUUCAGGUAAUCUUCUGAUUGAUUAUUGGUCUAAUAAACAAAAUGAACAUAGUUAUCCAAAAUUAGAAAUGAAAAAAAUUAAUAAAAAGAUGAGUAAAUUACAAAUUAAAGGAUUGAAAAGAAAAAACAAGGAAGAUGAUUAAAUUAUCGAUAAAAUUGUAGCCUUAUGUAUUUGA